GCCGCGGGGAGGGGUGUCAGCUCCGGCGCGUGGGGGAUUUUAAUCCGAUUCCGGCCGGCCCGGAUUUUAUUGGGAGCGGGUUUUAAAGCGCCUGUCGUCCCUUUCGCCUCUGCGGACGGGGCAGCAUGUCCGAAGCGGAGCAGCAGUUGGCGGCCGCCGCCGGCGCCACCCAGAACGGGCACGAAGCGGCCGAGAAUGCCGGAGAACAGCAGGCCGAAACCGGCGGGGCCCCGGCAGCGGCGGGCGCAGCAACGGCGAGCGCAGCGACGGCGGGACCGGCGGCGGCGGCGGGAGCCGGACCGGCGGCGGGAACAGCGGGGACGGCCGCUAGCCAGAACGGAGCCGAAGGCGACCAGAUCAACGCCAGCAAGAACGAGGAGGACGCGGGGAAGAUGUUUGUUGGUGGCCUCAGUUGGGAUACAAGCAAAAAAGACUUGAAAGAUUACUUCACCAAGUUUGGUGAAGUAACUGACUGCACGAUAAAGAUGGACCCUAACACAGGAAGAUCCAGAGGCUUUGGAUUUAUUCUCUUCAAAGAACCUGGGAGUGUUGAAAAGGUUCUGGAACAGAAAGAACACAGGCUAGAUGGACGACUAAUUGACCCCAAGAAGGCCAUGGCAAUGAAAAAGGAUCCAGUGAAGAAAAUAUUUGUUGGUGGACUUAACCCAGAAGCCACAGAAGAGAAAAUCAGGGAAUACUUUGGAGAGUUUGGAGAGAUUGAAGCAAUUGAACUUCCAAUGGAUCCAAAGACCAACAAAAGGAGGGGCUUUGUGUUCAUCACUUUCAAGGAAGAGGAUCCAGUGAAGAAGGUUUUGGAGAAGAAAUUCCAUAACGUCAGUGGAAGCAAGUGCGAGAUUAAGGUAGCACAGCCAAAAGAAGUAUACCAGCAGCAACAGUUCAGUAGUGGUGGAGGAAGAGGUAGCUAUGGAGGAAGAGGCAGAGGCGGAAGAGGCGGCGCUCAAAGUCAAAAUUGGAAUCAAGGUUAUGGCAAUUACUGGAACCAGGGUUAUGGGAAUCAAGGAUACGGCUAUCAGCAAGGUUAUGGUGGCUAUGGAGGCUAUGAUUAUUCAGGAUAUGGGUAUUAUGGAUAUGGACCAGGCUAUGAUUACAGUCAAGGCAGUGCAAAUUAUGGGAAGACACCAAGACGUGGUGGUCAUCAGAAUAACUACAAGCCAUAUUGAUCAAACUUAUUCAGGCCUGGCAGUGGUCACAGUUGAUGCCUACAAGCACUGGAUAUUCCCCAAGUUGAAGACGGAAUACUGACUUGUUUACCUGAAGAUAAUAGGACUUCGGGGUAUUUCCUCAGAGAAAAAUAUAAAUUUUAAUAUAAUUUCAUAAGCUUUGGAGGUUAGCUUGUCUUGUAGCUUCAGUGAUAUCAAACUUCUUCAAGUAGGAGCUAGAUAGAAAGCUGUUUAGUUUUUGCCAGCGUAUGUACGACGAGACUUUUCUAUCUGCAUUGUAGAUUGUUUGUGGACACUUCCAGGUUCUUGUGCUUUCCGCAGUCAUUCUGGGGACUGAACUCUCAUUGACAUUGGCAGAGGUUCCAUGAACAGGACACACCACCCCUGCAGGAAUUUGAGUGUAGAAGCCCACAGCGUGGUUUGGAGUAGUGAAUUGCUUUUAGUUUGGAGAUUCUGGGGCAGAUGGGAAGAGCAAACUGUUCAUUAAGGGAACAAUUACAGAUCUUCUUCCCAGUGACAUCAAUGAGAGACUUGCCUUCAACCUUCCACAGAAGAAGAUUUUUUUUUUUAAUUAGCUUUAAUUUGGGACAUUAAAAGGGGUUUUUCAAAAGCACUAAAAGCCAGUGGGAGCUUGUUCACCUGCUCCUUAUGCCUUUAAAAAACCCUGCACCAGAAGUGGUAGUUAACAUGAAAUGGAAGUAAAUAAAAUGCAUUUUCAUUGCUGUUUUGAGUUACAUAAUUCUCAUUUGUUGAUUUGUUAGAGUUGAUCUGAAUUGACAUGGAUAUAAUCUGUAUGGUGACCAAGAAAGUGGUCAGUAACUGGUGAAGAUGGCAAGUACAGCCACAGAGCAAGAAAUGUAUAGGCAUAGACCUUAAACAGCUAACAAAGGCAGGUAACAGAAGUUCACUGCCUACAGCUGUCAGUCUUCUGUGUCCACAUCUACCAAGCCAUGUGGCCAGUUCAGCUUGUACCAGCAGAUAACAAAUGCUCCCAGCUGACUAAAAGAAUGAGCUCAAGGACACCUAAGACCCAGCCUUAGACACACAAGAACUCACAGACAUCAAACAUCACUGAGCAUUUCCUGCUGGUCUGCAGAGUAGCAGAGCAAGAACUAGCAGAGCACCAGGUCAGCUUGUACAGGGCAGAUAGCCCCUGCAUGGUCACAUCCCUCUCUCAACUCCUCUCUGGCAGUAGCUGCUCUAAGAGAUGCAGUGGAACUGGGAUCUAACAGAGGGUUCACAUCUACUCAAAGCACCAAAAAUAACUCCCUUCUGUAUUCUCUAAGGUCAAGGCCACACAGAACCCUUACAGGAACUGGUUUGAUAUCGUGGUCAGGCUCUUAAUUUCACCUAAGACUCCUACACAGAGCCUAGCAACUUGUAUUGGGCUAAAGUAUUUCCUCCAGAAAUGAUCUGUUAAAAUGAAAACUGCAUUAAAAUGAUGGCAUCACAGGUCUGGUUAGCAUUAACCAGUCCCACCAGUGAAAAUCCAUGGCUUACUUUUCUUGAUUUUUGAUUGCUUCGACUUCUACCCAUUGGAUGGACAUUUGUACAUUUUUAUCUGUUCAGCUUAAGAACUUGUUCAUACAAAGUUAUCUCCUCCCUGUAAAGGAACCUGAUUGCCUCUUGAUCUUCAUCGUAAGCUGAAGAGACUUAUCUGCAAGCCAUUUUCUUCCUCCCUGAAAGAAUUUUUUGUGGCUCUUUACUUCACAAUCUCUGGUUUUUUUUCCCCCAACAUCUUUACAAAUGUGACCAGUGGAACAGCUUGCAAAUUUUUCAUUGGUCUAACUUAAUGGCAUUCCAUGUGCAGAUAGCAAAAUCAUAACCCUCCUUUUAUUCCUUACCCUGUUCUGCCUGGGAUGUACCUGAGAUAACUGAAAGAAAGAGACCAAACGAGGGGAGAGAAGGAAGAGGGCAAGAGGAGUGUGCAGCAUUCCAACAAGAAAAAUCAAACACAAGUGAACCCUGCAAACCAAGACAAUGAAACACUCCACAAACUUCAAAGUUUUGGGAACCCCAGCUGCAACAUUCUGUGCUCUGUUGUUUAAGAAAAGACUUCAGCAGAGCCCUCCCUGUCCUGCAUACUCUACACUGGAAGUAUGACUUGGCUUUUGUGUUCUGAAAUUCUGCAGUGGAGGUUUCCUGGUGAAAUUUGGCUUUACAGUAUCCCAGAGGGCUUCAACCACACAGCCCAGAGCAGGACCCAGAGGUGCUUCCUCUUCAGCCCCCCAAAAAACCCAAACCCCAAAACCAAACAACCAAGCAAAAGGUUUUGCUGAUACAAGUGGAGAUAACCCCAGACAGUCAUGGUUCUGUUAGCCAAAGAAUGUCAACAGCAGGUAGCAACCAAUGGAGCUUGGCUUUGUUUCCUCUGCAGCUUGCAAGUCCUCUUGUCUGACUAGAGGAUAUACAGCAGCUUCCUUUCAUUCCUAGGGCUGCAUCCUUUUCUUCUUUGUUUUCAGCCAGGAUUUCUCACCCUUUGAACGUGCAGGUGCAAUGUAAAUAGAGAGUUGAGAGCCAGAUGAGCACAGGGCUCCCUCCUUCAUGCAAUUAAGGCACAACUAGGCAGAGGCUGUCUCAGUGCUGUUAGUUCACACAGCAGCAUCAGCAGUGCACUGUCACUGGGACCUUCAUCAAAUCCUGGUGGUGUCAUGCCUAUCUUAUGGCUUUGGGAGCUUUGCAGUAUUUCCAAAGUCCAUAUAUGACAGAAUCCAGUAUAAAAAAAGGUCAAUAUAUUAUUGUCAAAAGUUUGGGUGUUUUGUUGGGUUUUCUUUUUUUUGUUCUCCUUUUUUUAUACAAAAAUUAAAAAGAUCAAAAUAUCUCACAUUAUUUACAGAUUGUGCUUCAUGCUUGGGGAUCACUGCAAAAGAACACAGGGACAAACUUGUUAAUCCAAAAAGAAAUGCUCCCUUCAUUGCACUUACUCAGUGUUAAUAUUAGGAUUGACAUUUGGAUUCCUUUUAAUAUUAACUGUGUACCUCACUGCAAUUUACCACAGAAUUAAAAGCUGCUAAGGGUGUACUCACCUCCUAACCCAGGCUUUGCAACCAGUUAGUAACAUGCUUGCUAUUAACUUGACCUGCAUCCACAUUCCACACCUUUGAAACUGGGUUAGUGAUUCCACUCAGCUUCACUAUCAUUUCCUUGUCAGAGAGUGAGGUUACAGCACCCUCCUCCCAGGCUGCAUUUGCAGGGAGACAAAUCUCUCUCCUUGUUCUCCCAGGCUGCAUUAGCAUUUGCAACCCCUGGAUGUUCUGGGGGUGUGAGACUCUACAAGUUAACCUGAGCACCUGCACCAAGCUUUGCUGCUUGGAGCACUGGAGCAGCCUCCUGGUUGUGAGUCAUAAAGACAAUGGCAGAAAAGUGCUUGGAAGCAAAUGUUUUGUAACCCUGUGACAAAGAGGUAACCCCCAGUGAAAGUCUCAGCUGGAGGGUAUGGGUUGAGGAAGUCAAAAGGAGCACAUUGUGCAGAGUGGUGCAGCCAAGUGGCUCCUGCACUGUCUGGGCCAUACAUAACAAGCAGCCAGCCUGAACAAGCCCAAGAAAAGGCAGCACUGCCAGCACUAAGAAUGAGUGGCUUUGUGCUGCCUAGCCAGGCUUUGGAGCAGCACUCCUAGCACCAAUCUACAGCUGUGGGGAACAAGGCAUGAAGCUGGGUGGAACCUUGCUCUCCCAAGGCAUGACAUUGUGUCUGCCAGCCACAGCAGCUAUUGCUUUAAAGGACAAAGGACAUGCAGCAGUGCAAGCAAUCACCAUGCAGCAAGCAGAAUUACUCCAGCCCUACUCAAGGCUCUACA